AAAGGCAGAUCGGCGCGAAUAGUGAAGUGGCAGUUUCAGAAAUCACGUGUGUCUGUACCCGAAAGUGUUCACCUUUUUUUCGUCUCACCAAAAGCCCUUAUUCACUCCUUCCUCACAUCACUACAUUUGUUCUGUAUGAAGAUUGAUUAUUUACUGUGAAAGGAGCAUAACUAUGUGUUUUACCUUGGAACUGUAUGCUCAAAUGGGUCGCAGGAAAAGGAGUAAGAGGCAUUUCGCAUUAAGAGAAUGUAACAAAAAGUUGGAACUUUUUAUGCACCGGUUUUUGUCAUCAUAUGGACGUUAGAUCUUGUAUCUGGUUGGGCUGUUAGAACUAAAGUAGUGAAUUUAUAGUUUUGACAAGAUAGUGAAUUUGACAAUUUAUGUGCCUUUUGGUUAGAUAUAGUUUGGAGUACCGCUUAUGAUUUAUAGGAAGCUUAGUUACUUUAAUCUUUGACAUGGAGAACUUGGGUAAGAAGAGAAAAGGGGUAGAUAUUUCAGUGAUUUGUCAAAAAGACGCGAGUGAAUUGACAGUAGUCAGGUCACAUUUAUCGUUGGAGGAUUAUUCUCGAAGGAAAAAGAAAUCUAGGGAAAUUGUGGUUAAAGAUGCAGACUUUUGUAGGAAGAAUGUUAUCACUGGAGUAGCUACUGCCCCGCCUUGUGGGACUGCACGUUCACGCUCACCUGGACGAGGUCUUAAAAGGAAAAUAGGUUGCCUUGAUUCAGCCACUCGAUUGGGGCGGAAGAAGAAGAUUGAGCAGGAUUACGAGAUGGGAGAAGUUAUUGGACGAGGGAAAUUUGGGUCUGUGUUAUUAUGUCGGAGAAAGUUGAGCGGGGAAAAACAUGCUUGCAAGACUCUGCAUAAGGGAGAAGAGAUCAUUCACCGGGAAGUGGAGAUAAUGCAGCAUCUCUCUGGGCAUCCAGGUGUUGUGACAUUAAAGGCUGUGUAUGAGGAUGCUGAAUCUUUUUAUCUUGUUAUGGAACUUUGCUCGGGAGGAAGGUUGCUUGACCAAAUGGCUAGGGUUGGGCGGUAUCCUGAGCAACAAGCUGCUAAUGUGAUCAAAGAUCUCAUGUUGGUUAUCAGAUAUUGCCAUGAGAUGGGCGUUGUGCACAGGGACAUAAAGCCCGAAAAUGUCCUCCUUACAACCUCUGGACAAGUUAAGGUUUCAGACUUUGGGCUAGCUGUGAGAAUUUCAGAUGGUCAGAGCUUGACUGGUGUAGUUGGAAGUCCAGCUUAUGUUGCUCCUGAGGUUCUGCUAGGUGAUUACACGGAGAAAGUGGACAUAUGGAGUGUAGGUGUCCUCCUACAUGCACUUUUGGUGGGCUUGCUCCCAUUUCAAGGUGAUUCUUUGGAAUCUAUAUUCAGUUCGAUUAAGGAGGAGAACCUUGAUUUCAGUGGUGGAGCCUGGGAAUCUGUAUCACAACCAGCCCGUGAUCUGCUUUCUUGUAUGAUGACAAGGGAUGUUUCAGCAAGGUACAGUGCCGAUGAAGUACUAAGGCAUCCAUGGAUUUUAUUUUACACAGAACCCACAUUGAAGAACUAUGCAAGGCCAAUUAAAAGCCAGCUGACUGCUACUACUAGGAUAGAACGGGAGAGAAGAAACUUAACCUUUAGCUCUCUCAGUGAUGACUUUGGUUCAACUUUAACAUCUGGUAGUUCGUCUAAGAUGCCUGAAGGUAAUGACUCAGGUUUUAUCGAUGCUCUCACAGUAGCCGUCUCCCACAUGAAUAUAUCGGAGCCAAAGAGAAGCAGAAUAUGCAGCCCGGCCAGAACAAUCGACCAAGAAUGUUCCUCUAAUAUACAAGCUAACCACCUCUGUACAGCAUUCUGACGUCUAUGACCUGCAGCACCAUGUACUGUUCCCCUUGUAAAGGUGGUAUCACUUUGAAGAAAAGGCGGAGCACAGCAUGUUGCAUCAACCAUUGAUUGACUUCUCAACUACAUGAAGUGGUAACUGGCAAAACCAAUUUCAUUUGACCUGUGGCUGUAGAAUAAAUCAUUAAUAAACAAGCCUGUCCGACAAUACUGGACUAGUUUGGAGUUGCUUCUGUCAUGUGAAUUUACAUAUCUAACAUGUAAGUUAGAGAGAGUGUGUGUGUGUGUUUAUUGUGUAAAUAAGGUGUGUUUUAUGACUGAUUUCUAUUAAGCCCAUUGUAAAAACCAUCUUCGAUGGUGAUAAGAGAUACAUUUUGAAUCAAUCUUGUGUAACCUCAUCAAAGGUUUAAGCUGUUA